CGAAGUCUUUAAUAAAAAGUCUCUACUUUGGCAGAGAGUACUGUUUACUGUCAGCAUAUCAAAGAUCCGCUACGCUGGUUCUCAUCAGUCAACAGAAUAGAGACUUUGUGGUUUUAAGUUUUAACGAUUAAAAAUUUGCUUUAAAUGGCAACUUGGGAGGAGAAGGUGGUAGCUGUGAUCAUGGUUGGUGGCCCCACAAAAGGUACUCGUUUUCGGCCGCUUUCUUUUAAUACACCAAAGCCGCUGUUCCCUUUAGCUGGUCAGCCUAUGAUUCACCACCCGAUUUCUGCUUGCAAAAAAAUACCCAACUUGGCACAAAUUUUUCUCAUUGGAUUUUAUGAGGAGCGGGACUUUGCCUUAUAUGUCUCUUCAAUAUCUAAUGAGCUUAAAGUCCCUGUCAGAUAUCUGAAGGAAGAUAAACCUCACGGGUCUGCUGGUGGCCUUUAUUAUUUCAGAAAUUUGAUCAUGGAGGAACUUCCGUCUCACAUUUUUCUGCUAAACUGCGACGUGUGCUGCAAUUUUCCACUGCCAGAGAUGCUUGUUGCCCAUAGAAGAUAUGGUGGAAUGGGUACAUUGCUAGUUAUCAAGGUUUCGGCUGAAUCAGCCAACCAGUUUGGAGAGUUGGUUGCAGAUCCUGUUACUAAAGAAUUGUUGCAUUACACAGAGAAACCUGAGACAUUUGUAAGUGAUCUGAUAAAUUGCGGGGUUUAUGUCUUUACCCCAGAAAUAUUCAGUGCCAUCCAGGAUGUGUCCUUAGACAGAGAAGAUAGAGCUACCCUGCCUCAUUUUUCCAGCUUUGAAGCUCUCCAGCUUGCGACAAGGUCCCUUCCUACAGAUUUUGUUAGGUUGGAUCAGGACAUUUUAUCACCUCUUGCUGGAAAGAAGAAACUGUACACAUAUGAGACCAUGGACUUCUGGGAACAGAUCAAGACUCCAGCGAUGUCUUUAAAGUGUUCUGCUUUGUAUCUCGAUCAAUUCCGGCAUACCACUGCCCAUCUGCUCGCUAGCGGAGAUGGCACCAAGAAUGCCACAAUUGUUGGGGAUGUUUACAUUCAUCCAUCAGCCAAAGUACACUCAACUGCAAAGAUUGGUCCGAAUGUUUCAAUAUCAGCAAAUGUUCGGGUGGCUGCUGGUGCAAGACUUAUCAGCUGCAUCAUUUUAGAUGACGUAGAAAUCAAGGAAAAUGCAGUUGUUAUGCAUGCUAUAGUUGGAUGGAAAUCAUCCAUUGGGAAAUGGUCUCGUGUACAGGCGGAAGGAGACUACAAUUCUAAACUUGGGAUUACAAUUCUCGGAGAAGCGGUGACUGUUGAAGAUGAAAUCGUCGUGAUUAACAGCAUUGUCCUUCCAAAUAAGACACUUAAUGUAAGUGUACAGGAAGAGAUUAUUCUGUAAAUUCUCGAUGUUGAUUCCAAGAAUCUCUAUACCAGCGAGGAUCAUCCAAGACACUUUUAGCUUAUUCGUACCAAUCUUUAAUUUACAUCUUGUUAAUUGGUAUGUCAAUUCAUGUGAGUUAAAGUAAACUCUGUGAAUGUUUUCUUAUUAUAUUUAUUUUAGAUUGUAGGCCGAUUUUGUUUUCUCCUGAUUCUAUAAAUUAGUUUACUUUCUUUUCUA